AGAUACUUCCCCUCUUAUAACAGACAUUUUUGCCAUUCCUCUUUACGGCUCAGCGCCUUGGUAACAGCCUAAAUCUUACCUUGAUUUAUUCUAAAAAAAGGCUUUUUGGAUAUUAAUCGACUAUCGGAAUCAAGAUGUUCUACACAUGUGGACCCAACGAAGCCAUGGUGGUGUCUGGCUUUGGCCGUUCUCCUCCUCUAAUGAUUGCUGGAGGGAGAGUUUUUGUUUUUCCAUGUAUUCAGCAGAUUCAGAGAAUCACGCUCAACACCCUGACUCUGAAUGUGAAGAGUGACAAAGUCUACACCCGCCAUGGUGUCCCCAUCUCUGUCACUGGCAUUGCACAGGUGAAGAUCCAGGGCCAGAACAAGGAGAUGUUGGCCACCGCCUGCCAAAUGUUCAUGGGAAAGUCUGAGACCGAGAUCGCCCAGAUUGCACUAGAAACACUAGAGGGACACCAGAGAGCCAUUAUUGCUCAUUUGACUGUGGAGGAGAUCUACCAGGACCGUAAGAAGUUCUCCGAGCAGGUCUUUAAAGUGGCCUCCUCUGACUUGGUCAACAUGGGCAUUGGUGUUGUCAGCUACACGCUCAAAGAUGUUCAUGAUGAUCAGGACUACCUUCAUUCCCUGGGUAAAGCCAGAACAGCCCAGGUGCAGAAGGAUGCCCGGAUUGGGGAGGCUCAGUACAAACGGGAUGCUGUGAUCAGGGAGGCUCACGCGAUGCAGGAGAAGGUGUCUGCUCAGUACAAGAAUGAAAUUGAGAUGGCAAAAGCUCAGAGAGACUACGAGCUGAAGAAGGCAGCCUAUGAUGCUGAGGUCAACACGAAGAAGGCUGAGUCAGAAAUGGCCUAUCAGCUUCAGGUGGCCAAGACAAAGCAGCGCAUUGAGGAGGAGAAGAUGCAGGUUCAAGUUGUGGAGCGCACACAGCAGAUUACACUGCAGGAGCAGGAGAUCAUCCGCAAGGAGAGGGAGCUGGAGGCCAAAGUUAAGAAGCCCGCAGAAGCAGAGAAGUACCGGCUGGAGAGGCUGGCUGAGGCACAGCGCCUGCAGCUCAUUAUGGAGGCGGAAGCCGAGGCUGAGUCCAUCAGAAUGAAGGGUGAGGCAGAGGCUUUUGCCCUGGAGGCUAAGGGCCGUGCCGAAGCGGAGCAGAUGGCCAAGAAGGCCGAGGCUUUCAAGCAGUACAAAGAUGGAGCCAUGGUGGACAUGCUGCUGGAGAAACUGCCACUGAUGGCAGAGGAGAUCAGCAAGCCACUGUCAGCAGCCCAGAAGAUCACCAUGGUGUCCAGCGGUGGCUCAGAGGUGGGAGCUGCCAAACUGGCCGGAGAGGUGCUCAAUAUUAUGACCAAGCUGCCUGCCACUGUGGAGAAACUCACAGGAGUCGACAUUUCCCAGGCUGGAGGACAGACCACUCGCGUGCGUUAAGAAGAGAGGGAGAGUAGAAGCAAUCAGGAUGGGUAUCACCAAUAUUCAGACUAGGAGCUCCACGUCUCCUCCUUGUGCCGACAACCACUGUAAUGAGUCCGCCAACACCAUAGUCCUGUCUGAUUGUGUGCAUGCUUGUGUUUCACUUGUGUGUCUCUUUUGCUGUUUCCUCAUCUAUAUAACAUGGAUGAGAUUUUUCUUCCUCCUUUAUGUAUUUUUUUUUUUCAUGUCCCUGACCUGAGCUGUGUGUUUUCUGCUGUGGGUGACAGCAAAAGCAGCCACAGGGGAUUUGGUUAUUGAUGAAGCUACUUUGUUUGCCUCAAGGAGACAAAAGUCUCUGCCCACUUUAGCAAGUGACAGAAGUAGAAAUUCCUUUAUCUUUUUAUACUUGACUAUCAGUAUGCAAGUUUUUACUUUCUUACUGCAAGCAGCCUCAUUUAUCCCUGCAUAGGGACUGGGUCAAUAAAUUGUUCCUUUUUAACUAUUUGAUGUGGAAACUGAAUUUUUCUGUGCCUUUCAAUUCACUAAAUGCUGACGGGGUCUUUAUAUCAAAGCAUCACCUCAGACUUUUUUGAGGGGAUGUACUGUUACAGUCAUUGUAGUUUUAUACUAUUUACUUAAUACAACCUAACUUUGUGUUUAUUAUAAAAAGACAGAACAAGCAGGGUUGGUUUUAGUUUAUUCUACAGGUCUCGUGGUUGUAACUUAACAACAUUACUGGGCCCAGACUCAUGUCAGUUGUGCUGCAAGUGGAAGGAUUUGUUUUGUGCUUUAAGAUGAAGGGAAUGGAAGUGGUUAAUGGACAAAAGCUAUUGUGGUUUCCUGUAAAAAGAAAUGAAAGCAUGUUUUGAUGGAAAAAACAAUUCAGACUUUUAUCUAGCUUGCUGUAGUGUCUUCUAGGUUCUUGAUCUAAGACAAGAGUAAAGAAGGACCAUCACUAACUAACCAACUGACCAGCCUGCUGCUUUGAUGUGCUUGCUGCCUAGAGUUUAAACUUGAUAUACAGGAGAUAUAAUGAUUUUUUUUUUUUGAUUUUUUAUUGUACUGAUUUUCCAUUACAAUGUGAUACUGGUUAUUAUGGAUUUUGGCUGAUUUUAGGUCUUGUAGCUGUGGGAGGUUUUGAAUUACAGCCCAGCACCUCUGACUGGGAGCUCAGGUGCAGAUUUUUCUCUUUCUUCAGACGCCUCACUAACUGUCCAGAGUUUUAUUGCAUUUUGUUAUUGCCAAGUGCCUGGUCAAAACAGCCAAGUCAAGUUGACUUUUCUCGUUUAGCCUUUCACACUUCUCUGUCAGGGAGUGAUUCUUUAUAUCUGAUAACUAAUCGUAAGCCGUCACUAUUGACAACUGUAGAUAAAAGCCAAAUCGGUCUCUGCUUUUUUUGUACGUUCUUGUAUCUAAUCCUUCACUUUUCUUUAAAACUGUGUUGUUGCAUGUCUGCCUUUUAAAUUCACAUAAGAGGUUAUUACAUAGAGUGAAAGUUGUAUACUAGAGUCAAAUAUUAAAGAUGAAUAUGUAGUGAAAUGUUGUAAGACAAUGUAGACAAUAAAAUAUGGUUUAAUCACUAAAA